CCACCCAAGCACAAGCACAGCCCGCAAGAACAAAGCCGCCUCUCUCUUCCCUAUCCUCUCCUCAAAAUCCAUCAAAUCUGCAUGGAUUGAUCAUGCUCGUUUUUUGUGGUGGAAUCGGAUCUGCAAGAUGGCUAUAUUUGUGAGGUUGAACCAUGGAGGUAGAGUAAUGAGAAUCGAUAAUUAUAGUGUGCAAUUUGUUGGCAUGCGAGAGGAGGUGUUGCUUCUUGGUGAAACUCCAUCUUUGUCUAUUUUGGAUGUCUGAAUGAAAGAGCGGUUGAGAUGGACGGAACAAGGGGUUGAUGUUUCCUUUGAGGGGAGGAUCGACGUUGGUUCGUCGAAUGGACCUCGCAUCAAGAUGAAGCCCCCAAUAGGCUACGAUAGUGAAUGGAAAGCUUAUGUAAAAAUUGUGAUGGACUCAAAAGUAAGAGUUAUGGACUUGAUUGUGCGGAAGUUGGUGAGGGAUCCCGCCCUGACGGCUAUGCUUUCCAAUCUUAACAUCUCUUCAUUACGUGAUGGGCUUGAAGAGGUUGCUCCUUCACAACAAUGUGAAGUGGAAGUAACCCUAACAUCGCAAGAAAGUAUUUUUGACUGCCACAGAACUGUUGCUGAUGUUGAUAAAGUUCCACAGGUGGUUCCAGAUGUUGCAGAAGUUUCAGAUGCACCAAUUGCUGAUGAUGUUGCUCAUAUGCUUCCUAAUGAUUUAGUUGGAGUUAGCAUCGCAACUGACCAAGUGGAUGUAGAUGUUUUGGUGACAACUAGACAUACGAGGAUGAGAGAGCUGUACACUUGGAUGACAACCGACCGGUGGUGCAAUUGUCCUCUAGGGAGAUUGAAGCCUUGAGGAUGUUGGUCACAUAUCGUGAUCCCCUUGUGCUUCUUUAGGGAUCUUAGCCAAACGCAUAAUGCAGUGGUGGAUGCGGAGCAUGAAGGCAAUGGUGCCCCUUCAAUUGAUUCAA